AUGUAUUUAAAAAAGCCUGUAUCGCUAGAAGAUGCUAUGGCUUAUGUUGACGAGUUCGAAAAUUUUGAAAAACUCUAUGCUCAAUUUUAUGAGCCCAGAGUUAAACAUAACAAUAACAAUAAUAAUAACAAUGUUCAAACGAACCAAAUAAGAAAUAAUAUAAAUAACCAAUAUAGCAAUUACAAUUCUUUUUACCGACAAUAUUAUGAUAAUAAUUAUAACAGAAAUAACUAUGAAAACAAUCAAAGAUAUAAUAACAACAAUAAUUAUAAUAAUUGUCCUAGUCAACUGAUAAAUGUAAAUCCUAUACCACAAAAGAUACAAAAGUAUCCAACAAACGCGCAGGUGUUUGGCACUAGGAAAAACGUUUUCCGGCCAAACCAAAUACCUGUAAACCGUUUACCAAGACUAGAACCGAUGUCUACGACAUCGAGAAAUUUUACUGAUAGACCCAGUAGACAUGUAAAAAUUAAUCAUAAUAAUAAUAAUAAUACGAGUAAUAAUAGAUAUUUCCAAUCAAGAAAUGAACGACCAAAUUUUACAUCAGAAGAGUUAUAUAAUAAUAAUUGUAACAAUAACGACGAAGAAACAAAAGAAAUAAUUAACUUUCAAAACUUAUUUGAGCUAGAAGAAAAUAAUGAUCAAACCGUAAAUUUUCGAAAAGAGCAUCGGAAGAAAAAUCAAAAAUAA